AUGCCGCCGAGUAGCCUUCGAGUCGUGUACGCGUUCGCUAGAGAAAUGCACCCAAAAACAACGGACGUUUUCAUUCAAUACGGCACAGCCGGAUUCCGUACCAAAGCUAACCUUUUAGAGCAUGUCGUGUACCGCAUGGGACUGCUAGCUGUUAUACGGUCUAGAGUUAAAAAUGGUCGUACUAUCGGUAUAAUGAUAACAGCAUCUCACAACCUCGAACCUGACAAUGGAGUUAAAUUGAUUGAUCCCGAUGGUGAGAUGCUGGAACAAAGUUGGGAAGACAUCGCUACCAGGAUGGCUAAUGUUAGUGACAACGACUUGGAAUCAAUAACUGGUCAAAUAAUAAAAGAAGUUAAUGCGGACAUGUCUUUGAAAGCCAGUGUCUAUAUAGGAAUGGAUACAAGAUAUACAAGUCCAAGACUAGCUGCAGCCGCUGCGAAUGGUGUUAUUGCAUUAAAAGGAACUCCAAAGGAGUUUGGUAUAGUGACUACACCGAUACUACAUUUCUGUGUUAAAUGUAGGAACGAUAACACAUAUGGAGUACCUACUGAAGAAGGUUACUAUGAGAAAAUUGUGGGAUCUUUCAAAAGGAUUCGUCAAAAGUUAUCAGUGAGUGGUGAUUAUAAUACAACAUUAUAUGUGGACGGAGCAAAUGGCGUGGGAGGAAAAAAACUGAACAUUAUAAAGAAAACAUUAGACGGAGAACUUGAUUUGAUGUUGUUUAAUUUGGGUGGAAACGGUGGGAAACUUAAUUUGAAUUGUGGUGCAGAUUAUGUUAAAGUGUCUCAAUCAGUCCCAGUGGGUGUUGAACAUGUUCCAUAUCAAAGAGUCGCCUCACUCGACGGAGAUGGUGAUAGGAUUGUGUAUUAUUAUGUUGAUGAUGAUAAAAAAAUGCAUCUUCUUGACGGUGAUCGUAUAGCAACACUACUCGCAAGUUAUAUAACUGAACUACUCAACAACUGUGGGGCGAACUCAUUGAAGUUAGGCCUAGUACAGACAGCAUAUGCUAAUGGAGCAUCAACUAAAUAUAUUACAGAGGAAUUGAAAAUCCCAGUGUCGUGUGUAAAGACCGGCGUGAAGAAUCUUCAUCACGAGGCCUUGAAAUAUGACAUCGGAAUAUACUUUGAAGCGAAUGGUCAUGGAACUGUGGUUUAUAGCAACGAAGCUAAAAACACACUCAAGAAAAUAGACGAAGACGGAGAUGCCGAACAAAGGAAAUCUGCCCAAAUAUUAUUAGACUUCAUCAACAUGACCAAUGAAACGGUUGGAGACGCUAUAUCAGAUUUAUUCCUCGUGGAAACUGUAUUAUGUGCGAGAGGUCAAAAUAUUACUGGUUGGGAAACCACUUACCAAGACCUGCCUUGCAGACAACUUAAAGUUACCGUACAGGAUCGUAACGCUAUUCAAACAACUGAUGCUGAGAGGAGAUGCAUCUCACCGGAAGGAUUACAGGAGAGGAUUGAUGAGCUCGUGUGUAAAGUGGAGAGUGGACGGGCUUUUGUUAGACCCUCAGGUACUGAAGAUAUAGUGAGGGUGUACGCUGAGGGUGAUACACAGGAGUCCGCUGACAAAUUAGCUGAGGACGUGGCGCAAGCAGUCAGAGAGUUAGCCGGAGGAGUGAACUAG